AUGUGGGAUCCUAAUAUUCUAGAUAUCCAAAUUGUUAAACUCUCAGCUCAGCAUAUUACAUGCAUAGUUAAAUCCUUGGAUGGGAGAAUUGAUUGUGUCAUUUCUUCAAUUUAUGGUUAUAACCUUAUGGAGAAUAGAAAGGAUUUAUGGUCAGAAUUGAAGCUUAUUCAUCAAUCAAUAGGUAAUACACCUUGGCUCCUCUGUGGUGAUUUCAAUGUUGUGAUUGGUAAUGAGGAAAAACUUGGUGGAUCUCUGCUCUCUGAGGCUAACACUAAAGAUUUCAAAGAUUUUAUAGAUGGCUACCAUCUUAAUCACCUAAAAUUAAUAGGGUGUUUUAUACAUGGAAUAAUAAGAAGGAUCAUGUUCUCAAGAGUAUGGAGUAGACUUGAUAGAGCUCUAGUGAAUGAUUCAUGGAUUAACAUAUUUAGCUCUAGUCAAGUUGAAUUUUUGCUCCCUCAUUUUUCUAACCACUCUCCAGCACUAGUAUCAAUCUAUGAAGAAUUUUAUUCUAAACUAAAGAAACUAAGGGGUGCUCUAAAGGAGAUUAAUAGGAAACAUUUCUACAAUAUUAGUGAACAGGCUCAGAGAGCUAGACAUGCACUGGAGGAUGCUCAAAAGAAUCUUCAAACUAGCCCUUUCAAUCCUGUUUUCAUCAACAAGGAAAAGGAAUGCGUCGCUGCUUACAAUAAGCUUCUGGAUUGUGAAAUGUCCUUUUACCAACAGAAGGCAAGAAUUGCAUGGAGUAUCAAAGGGGAUAGGUGCACUAUCUUGUUUCACUCAAUUAUAAAGUCUAACAGGCACCAUAACAAAGUGUUGGUUCUCUAUAAUGGUAUGGGACAAAGGAUAACAAAUGGAGAUGAGAUUGCAAAUGAAUUAAUUUCGUUAUACAAGAACCUAAUGGGUACUGCCACUGAUACUCUUAACCCAGAUAAAAAUAUCAUUCAAUCUGGCCCUUGCAUGAAUAACUCUCAAGCUAGGAUUCUAUCUGCUCUUGUUUCCAAAGAUGAAGUUAGAAAUACAAUCUUUUCCAUGUCUGACAAUAAGGCACUAGGUCCUGAUGGUUAUGGUGUUUCUUUCUUUAAAUCAGCUUAG